AUGGGUUCCUUAUCGGUGCUUUCUUCUAUUAUUAUCACCAGGUUGGAAGAGACCCUCCUACGAGCCAGCCAGCUCACCGAGUCAUACGUCGGACAAAAAUUGUAUAACUCGGUCUCCAACGUGUCGCCGGUGUCACAGAAGAACCUGGUGGACGAGGCCAAGGACUUGGUGCAAACUCUCAGGCAGGAGCCGGUCGUGUCUUUUGCGGACGAUUGGAAGAUGGUCCUGAUCUUUGUGACAGCGGAAGAUCCGUGUAACUUCUGUGUUCAGGAAGACCACACAGAACACAAAAUGAAGGAACUGAGCCAGGCGCUGGACUACCUGCAGCAAGAGAUGCCAAAAACGUUGGUGAGUUUGGUGGACCUGACCUUGCUGAGCGCGCUCUACCUGUCCAACGCCGGGGACUCCGAUAUCAGGGAAUCCUGUGAGUGUUUCAAGAAGCCGUCUGUCUAUUAUAAAGCCAUGCUCCGCUUCUCCUUCCAGUCCGCACUGGAGAGGAUAAUAAGCCCGGGAAGAUACGACACCAGAGAAGACUUCACGGUGGUCCUCCAUCCCGUCCUUCGCAUGGUGGAUUCUGAGAAAAAAAACAUUAACAACUAUGGAGAGGUGUAUGAAGUCCAGUGCUCUGAACAGGCGACGCCCUUCCUGAACACGCACAGGAACAGUCCCUACUUGUUGCUUAAGGACAUGAUGGGAGUGGAGAAGAGCGGACCUAAGGAGAGGAAAGUGGGUUCGGACUUCACCUGCACCGACCUGAGCCCGUCCGUCCCCGUCCCGACCUCCGUUCACAAUCUGAAGCCGGCCGACUUCAAGGUCAUCGGCGCCCUGGGAGACUCGAUCACUGCAGGAAAUGGCGCCGGCGCGUUUGUCAUGGACAUUUUGGACGUGGUGUCGGAAUACCGGGGGUUGUCCUGGAGUAUCGGUGGAGAUGAAGACCUCAGCAACGUAACCACAUUGGCAAACAUUCUCCGGAGGUUUAAUCCCGACAUACAAGGAUACUCCCAAGGGAACGGAUUUUAUUUCCUCCCCCGAUCUCAGCUGAACCGAGCCGUUCCGGGAGCCAAAGCCGAUGAUAUGCUGGAGCAGUCGGAAUAUUUGGUGACGGGAAUGAAGAGGAUGAAUUCUUCCGGGAAAAUUAAUUAUGCGGAAGACUGGAAACUGCUCACUAUCUUCAUUGGAGGAAAUGAUCUGUGUGCGAUCUGCAACAACCCAAUCUAUCAUUCCCCGGAACAAUUUGUCUACCGAAUCAAACAGGCCCUGGACUACCUGAAGCAAGAGGUUCCAAGACUGUUUGUGAAUUUGGUGACUAUUCUGGAUAUUAUACCAUUGAAGGGCCUGUAUGACGAUGAGAGAACUCACUGUCCCCGGAGAAUGAUGAGUGCGCUGUGUGACUGUGUGGUGGAUUAUCCGGAAGGCUCAACGGAAAUCGAAGUUCUCAGAAGUUUCAAUAAGCAGUACAAGGAAAUGACCCACCAGUUGGUGGGCACCGGAUUGUACGACACCGCCGAGGAUUUCACCGUCGUCAUUCAGCCGUUUUUGGAAAAUCUGGAGAUUCCUGUAACUCCGGAGGGAGUUCCUGACCGAUCGUUCAUGGCGCCCGACUGCUUCCAUUUCGGCCCAAAGGCUCACGCUCAGAGCGCCCUCGGCUUAUGGAAAAACAUGUUUGAGGCGGUCGGCCAGAAGACCAACAAGCCGCAACUUAAUGAAAGCAUCGAUGUGUUCUGCCCCCCGCAGAGUGACCCCUAUGUGAAGACCGCAAAGAACAGCAACUACGUCUAUCCGACCAUCACUCCCGAUCCGGUGUUCGGCAGCCAGGUGCAAUGUACAGACCGAUCCAAAUCUCCAGUGGACCCCGCCUCCGUUCACGCGCUGCGGCCGGCAGACAUCACUGUGGUUGCAGCACUCGGCGAUUCGCUGACGGCCGGGAACGGCGUCGGCUCCGACCCAGGAGACGUUCUCGAUGUUCUCAGUCAGUACCGCGGAUUAUCCUGGAGCAUUGGAGGGGAUGGGACAUUGGAUCACGUCACAACGCUUCCAAAUAUUCUUCUUGAGUUCAAUCCAUUUGUCACGGGAUAUUCUACAGAUACCGGCAAGAACACGGAUCCCCUUUCCUUCCUCAAUGAAGCCGUUCCUGGGGCCAAAUCCUUCGAUAUGCCCACACAGGCCCGAGCUCUGAUAGACCAGAUGAAAAGCGACAAGAGAAUUCGUUUUACUACAGACUGGAAGAUCAUCACCGUGUUUAUUGGCGCCAAUGACCUCUGUGCCGCCUGUACAGACAGUAAUUACUUCUCAGCUACGAAUUACAUCAGUCGCAUCAGAGAGGCCUUGGACCUGCUGCAUCAGGAGGUCCCCCGGGCAUUUGUCAAUCUGGUGGAGGUCAUGGACAUCUUCCCGCUGAGAGAUGGAGUGUUGGACAGUCGUGUGGAAUGUCCCACUUUCCUUGCAAAGCUGCUGUGCCCAUGUGUUCUGAGCUACCCUAUGGAUUCCUAUGAGACGCAGAUGGUAAAGGACACCAACCUUGGUUAUCAGUCCAGUCUGAAGCAACUGGUGGAUUCUGGAAGAUAUGACACAGGAGAGGACUUCACGGUGGUUCUGCAGCCAUUUUUCCGCAAUACAAAGAUUCCAUAUCAGUCGAAUGGGGCACCAGAUGUCUCGUACCUCGCCCCAGACUGUUUCCACCUCAGUCAGAAGUCUCACUCCCAGCUGGCCAGGAUGCUCUGGAACAACAUGCUUGAACCCGUCGGGGAGAAAACGGACACUCUGGACUUGGCAGCCAACCUGCCACUCAAGUGCCCAACUGAGGCUCAGCCGUUCCUGAGGACCUAUAAGAACAGCAACUACAACUAUCCCCCUGUGACUACUCCACCGCCAAUCACGAACUGGGGCAGUGACAUGGAAUGCCGAGACUAUGCCGCCGUCUCCGACACCGUGCCGACAUCAGUUAGUAAGCUGCGUCCCGGCGACAUUCGAGUGGUGGCGGCGCUGGGCGAUUCGCUGACGGCUGGGUUCGGUGCCAGAGCAACUUCGAUCCUGAAUGUAGCCACGGAGUGGAGGGGGAUCUCCUGGAGUAUUGGAGGAGAUGACACUUUGGACACAGUCACAACAAUUCCAAACAUAUUGAAGAAGUUCAAUCCGAACAUAAAGGGAUUUUCAACUGGGACCGGCCGGCUAAAUGAAAUGUUCAAUGUUGCUGUUAGUGGAGCCAAGGCAGAGAACAUGACAACCCAGGCGAGGACAUUGGUGAAUAAGAUGAAGGAGAGCGCGGUUAUUAAUUUUGAAAAUGACUGGAAGUUAAUCACCAUUUUUAUUGGUGGCAACGACCUCUGCCAGUACUGUAAUAACAGAACACGAUAUUCUCUGGAGAAUCACAUGAAACAUCUUCAGACGGCUCUGGACAUCUUCUAUGACGAGGUUCCUCGCGCUUUCAUCAACCUGGUGGAGAUCAUGGAGAUAGAAGGACUGCGCUCGGUGACCGCAGACACCAUUGGCUGCAGCCUCUUAAAACCUAACGCUUGUCCGUGCUUUAUAAACCCGCGAGAUGGAUCUCCAGAGCUGAACCAGAUCAAGAAAUUCAACAGAGAUCUGCAGACUCACUUGGCUCGAUUGCCAGAGAAGUACCGAGGCCGGGAGGACUUCGCUGCGGUGGCGCAGCCCUUCUUCAGGAACACAGUUGUGCCCGUUGACAACCUGGGACAGCCGGACGUGAACUACUUCUCCAAAGACUGCUUCCACUUCCACGAACGCGGACACGCAGAGAUGGCGAAGGCGCUGUGGAAUAACAUGCUGGAGCCAGUUGGACAGAAAACCGACUACAACAACUACACCUACGACCGGAGCCGACUGAAGUGUCCCACCAAUGACCACCCGUACCUCUUCACCCUGAAGAACAGCGGUCUUCCUCAGGACGUCGUCGUUGAACCUGAGAAAGUAGAAGAUAAAGGAGACCAGGUGCCGAUGUGGUCGGUGAUCGUGGCCUCCAUCGGGGGCGUGGCCCUGGGGUGUCUGGUCGUGGGCGUCGCCAUGCACGUGUCAUUUAAGAAGAAACUCAGCAAACAGAAGGGCCGCGCCUUUUAAAGGGCCGACGCACGCCGUGUCCUUCAGAAGCACCUCCCUGAAUUCUCUUCGUUUGAAUAUAAAUUGUCAGUAACGGGUGUUUAUAGAGAAAUUUGCAUAGAUGCCCCGCCCAUCGAAACUGCAUUUAAAUCCGCUCCUUUCGGAUUGGUGCAAUAUUGAAUGUUCUUGGGGGAUUUCAAAUGUGUAAAUGGGGGAAAUACCACAAUAUGGCCACUAGAGGGCUCUGACUUUCACAGGAACAAAGUAUGAUCCUCAGUGCCACCUAGUGGCCAUAAUGUGGUAUUUUCUAACAUUUACACCUUCGAAUUGCAGAGACUAUAGCCUGAGAACAUUCGAUUUUGCUCUAUUCACACAGAGCAAAUUUACACACAGCUUUGAUGAAUAAACAGCUUUGAAUUUUUUUAUUUUUUUUAUUAUAAAUACGCCCCUAAGUGUAAAGGGGAGGGGUCAUUUUUUUUCCUCUCCAAGUUUCCUGUAAAUAAUGUACAUCCUGAUCCUGCACUGAUGGGGGAAAAUGUUUAAUACCAGCGAAUAUCUGAAAUACUUCUAUAAAAAAAAAGACGGAUUAAUAAAGAGAAAAAAAUAAAUCUAAAAUACUUCUAUUAAAAGAAAAAAAAA